AGUAUUCAAAGAGGUUAAAUAUUACGAACUUCGUAGUGAAUUUGUACACGAUAGUGUGACUUGUGAUGUAACUUAGUGAAGUGAAGUGUGUGUUAAGUGCGAUGAGUGGUUUGUUUGAUUGAAUAUUAAAAAAACAAUGCAUCAAUCACAUAAGUACAACGAAUGGAUGCGGCAUGGCUAGCACCGGGGUACAGAGAGCAGACAUGCAAGCACGAACCAUCGGCCACUGUCUCCAAAUCAGCAUCCUGAUCAUUUUCAUGCUAUUGGGCUUCAAUGAAAGCCAAGGCACAGCGCAUUACGGCGAAGACAGUGUCGGCUCAUUCCCGUACUUCGAAUACAAUGUGCCGCGGAAUGUGACUACGGUGGUCGGACAGACCGCCUUCCUCCAUUGUCGAGUUGAACAACUUGGAGAUAAGGCUGUCUCCUGGAUAAGAAAACGAGAUCUGCAUAUUUUAACAGCUGGAAUACUCACAUACACUUCAGAUCAGAGAUUUCAGGUAAUCAGACCGGACAAAUCGGAGAAUUGGACUUUACAAAUAAAGUUUCCGCAAGAGAGGGACGGCGGCAUCUACGAGUGCCAAGUCAAUACUGAACCCAAGAUGUCGCUGGCAUUUCAAUUGAAUGUUGUUGAAGCCAAGGCACAUGUCCUGGGUCCAGCUGAUUUGUACGUAAAGACUGGCAGCUCGCUGGCCCUCACUUGCAUACUGAGUCAAGGGCCUCACGACCUCGGUACUAUCUUCUGGUAUAAGGGAUCAAAUAUAAUAGAAUACAAGGAGGUUGAAGCGAAUGAUAUUGUGGAACAACCGAGGGUCCGGUUGAAGACGGAAUGGACGGAACAGCUCACUUCUAGGUUGACGAUCAGCAAGCUGUUACCGACUGACAGCGGGAACUACAGCUGUGUGCCGACUAUGGCAGAGUCGGCGUCAGUCAAUGUACAUGUUAUUAAUGGUGAGCAUCCAGCAGCAAUGCAACAUGGCAACGCAAACACAGCAUCCCCUUGUGCACUGUCGGUUAAUCUUCUAAUCUCUCUUUAUUGUACUCUAGCUACUUUAUACACUAGUACAGUAGACGGACUUAGAUGAAAAUUACAAAAAACCUUUUAAAAAUGCAUCACUCAGCAUUAAGUGUAAAUAUGUAACUAACUAUAUAAUUCUAUUCUUUAUAUUAGAUUUUUGAAAAAUCUUCAAUACGUGGCUUGCAUAAUUCUCGCUCUAAUAAAAUAAAAACGAAAAGAAAACCAUCUCUUUUUAUCAUUGGAUUUCAUUUAUAAUCCUAUGUUUUGAAAAGAAAAGGCUUAUAGCCUAGCAACGGAUUAAUGGGAGAAAAAUUACAUAUGAAAUUGGCGUUUUGUAUGGCUACCCAUACAAUUUUUUUUUUCAAAUAAAAUUCAUUUAAUUAACCAAAGUAUCAUUGCUAUCUUAUGCACUUUUGCCAUCUCAUAUGUAGUUCAUUGAUUCCUUUACUAAAAAAACAUUCGGACGGAUCUAAUCCGAUAAAAUCGGAUAAAACGGAUAAAAUCUUUGAAGACGGUUUCAACUGCCCAAAAGUUGUUUUUUUUAUCUCGUUAAAAAUUACAAUAAUUAGAGUAAUAGAAUUUCCAAUGCAAUAUUUCAUGUUUUCCAUUUUAUAAAUUGAAUUUGGAAUUCCAAAUCAAAGAGAUAUUUGAGAUCAAAGUGGCCAGUAGGUACGAUACGGUACCUCAUAAAGUUAUGAGAUAUAGUAUAUAAGUUAAAACAUGUAUACUCUCAUCUAAAUAAAUUAGAGAACAUCAAUAAAAUAUAAAGAUCGUUAUCAUAAAAUUAACCUCAUCAAUAAUUGUAGAGUAAUAAUUAAAUUUAUCCAAUGAAAUUUAAAAGGUCACCUACCCUUAACUAUUUUUCCUAUAUAUUUUACUAAAUAAACUGCACUAUAACUGGUAAAUUUACAAUUCACGAUUCGUUAAGCUUGCAACAAAUUGCUAAGCUAAACGAGAGUGGAAUGAUCCGUUAAAAAAUUUACCGUCUCUAGAAGAAUUUAUACGAGACUAGCUUCCGUAAGCAGCGUUCCUUGAGGAUUUCGUGUAUUUUAGAAAGAUUUAUGAUCUCUUCAACAAAUGUUAUAUUUCAUUCAAUUUACAUAAACAAGGAUUCAAGGAUUUUGACAUCAAUAACUCUGCAGGUCCUAAGUAAUAAAAUUGCUGCAUUUUUAAAAUUUCUUGCAUUAAAUCACUAUGGAAAAUGACCGCAUCACCACUAGGCAACCAGGUAUCCUUCGAGGUAUGCCCGAAUCAAUACAACCCGGAUGCGAAAAAAUUUGCAACCCUGAAUUUGUUGGCUACUACGGCGAUAUUUUCACCUAAAAUUAGAUGAUAUCUGUUAGGUCACUGUUAUAUAAAAAAGAAAUACAAGAAGACAGAAAUAUGUUAUAAUCUGUAAAUAAAUCUUCUAUCUUCUUGCACCACCUGCCCCGGUUGCUGGGGUAUUUGUGACUCGAUCCACACCAGAAUCGUCAAAGACUAGGUAAAAGCGUAACGGGCUCCAGGGUCGCUCUCACAAUCUACCUGGGCUUAAAUGGCUCCGGUCCCAUCACCAAACUCCGUAAUCCGGAGUUUGGUGAUGAGCAUAUCUUCUCCUCUUUACUCCGGCAACACCUACUCUAACCUCAUACUCUUAGAUAAUCCACUAUUCAAAUGAAUCUAUUUAAAACACUGAAUUUUACCGGGGGUAGAAUAAUGUUUGUCAGCUUUUUGUCUAGAGUCAAGAAUGCGGAACUUUUGUAUUUCCGUGUUUUGUAUGCGUAAUACUUAGUUUGAGGUACUAAAACUUAUGACCUCUGCGUUGCUGUCAAUCACUUUUCAAGUGAACUUAUCUUGAUCAAAAACUAUCUUAAUUUAUAAUUUCGAUCUACCGCCACAAACACGUACUUCUAAAACUCCCCUGAUUUGUACAUAAAAGCCCUGAGCAUAAGGGAACAUCCAUACAAAGUCAAUUCAGCGUCACAAAAAAGAUCAAUAGCGCCCAUGUAAGACCUCUUUCGCCUCAUUUAUUUUCGUUCUACCUACAUAUAAAAUUAUCUUUUUACCCUCAAAUUGAAAGUAAUUUAAUAUAUCGAGAAUAGGUCGCGCAAAUUCACCCUUUUCGAACAUAAUUCGAUUUUUAACUAUCUCAUACCCGCGAGUGUAACACAUCUAUUUAGCAUAUUUUUGUAUUUAUAAAACAAAAGUUUUAACAACAAUUAUUAAUAACUUAACUUAUGAAUACGGCAUUUUGAUAAUUGUUAUGUCAUGUAUGUUAUAUUAUAUUUUUAACAAUUAAUAAAUUUGAAUGUACCACUUACAAUAACAUUUCCCUCGGCUAGUUUCAAUAAUGUGUUAGAAUUUUCAUAUUACGAGAUUUUUUGUAAUACCAACUUAUUUCCGGGCAAUUCAACUACUUAUUUAAACUUAUUCCCACUGUACACAAUAGGUAUGUUCUAACUGGUUAAAUUGACUUACAGGAUUCGUAAAUACGUUCGACAUAGACACCAUAGAACGAGGAUUUUUUAAAUAUUAAAUUCGACUCGCAUUUACUUGUACUACACGUAGAAAUUAAGCCCUUAAAAGCAAAAGCUUACAUUUGGUAGCACUAAGUUUUACGUUUGUUGUUUUAGCUAAGUACCUCAAGCCAAGUAUUACGCAUACGAAAUACGGAAAUACAGAAAUUCCGCAUUCUUGACUCUAGACAAAAGGCUGACAAAUAUUAUUCUACCCUCGGUAAAAUUCAGUGUUUUAAAAUCAUAACUUGGGGUCGAAGUUAUCCACUUCAUAAUUUAAAAACAAAUUGAAAGCCUACGUUUUGAGGAUCUUAAUUGAAAUGUAAAUAUGCUUAGAACAGAAGUGUUUAUACUGCGUCUGACGCCCGGUUUCUUUAUGAAACAACAGUGGUAACUGCUACGAGGCGUAGAUAUCUCUCGUAGUAAUCAUAAAAUACAAGUUUAUGUCAGAUGUCGUCAAAAAUUAUUUAAGCCUUUGUUUGCUACGCUUACUUUUAUAAUUAUUUUAUUUGUAAAGCAAAAUAGUUACUUCUCUUAUUUUUACUUUAUUUAUAUAUACUCGUAUGUAUAGCAAUUACUUUGGAAUAUUUAUUUCUUAUCUGGUAAGCAAAAGAAAUACUUCUCUUAUUUUAACGUUGUAUUUGUGAUCUGUGUCUCUUUCCUUCAAUAAAUGCAGAACAAUUUUUGAAUCAUAUAUAAGAAACAUACGGAUAUAAAAAAAACUAGCGAAUGUAUUUAAAAUAUUAAACAUUAUUAUAUGAUAUUGAAUAGAUUAAGGUAAGAGGACCUUCAGGAAUCAGUGUUGCCUUGACUGCAAUUCUUCCAACAAAAUUGAAUUCUCAUAUUCGCAAUAUUGAGUAUGAUUCGUAUUAAUUUUUCAUCCUUUUAUUUGCUCCCCAAGUUUUCCUAAUAAAUGCGCGCUUGGUUUUUGACUACCCUAACAUUUGCGUCAUGCAUGAUUUUUGCUCUUCACCUCCAUCUAAAAACGGUAUAUUUUUCCCUAUUUCGCAACAUGUUUCAUUCAUGCUCCGCUCUCGGUAGUAGCGUAUAAAACAUUGUGGACUCUCGAUAAACUAACACAAAAAUCAUUUUGCAAUUCGACUUUAUAACGUUAUUAUAGAUUCCGUGCUAGUUUUCAUUAUCUAUUUAAUGUUCAUACAAUUUUUUAACAGAAUAAUAUAAUCCAAAUCAUGAUAUUUUUCUUUUUUUAUUGACGUUCAUAAGUGUACAUUGUGUUACCUAUAUGAAUAAAUAAUUUUUGACUUUGAUAUGUUACAUUUGAAACCACUGUGACUUGUAUUAAUGUAACCAUAUUUUCAAUUCGCAACCAAAGAGCUCUCUUCUUUAUGGGAAGAGGUUCAAGGCGGUCACAUUCAGAUAACAACAUUAACUUAUUCUUUACAGUAUUUAGAACUAAAAAGUUUUUAGUAUAUCAUGUUGUAAUUGAACUAUUUACAGCCUAGUGGUUUCAGCGUGCGACUCUAAUCCCUUAAGUCGUAGGUUCGAUCCUGGGCUGUCCACCAAUGGACUUUCUG